AUGGCCCUGCUGCCCCCGGCGCUGCGGGGCGCCAAGCCCAAGCACAGCCUGCCCCCCCACUACUACGAGGGCUUCCUGGAGAAGAAGGGGCCCCAGGACAAGGGGUAUAAGAAGUACUGGACAGGCCUGCGGGGGCUCACGCUGUUUUUCUACAAUGCCAGCCGAGACGUGCAGUACGUGGAGAAGAUCGACCUGGACACCUUCGUGUCCCUGACCGACAGCUACCUCCAGAGCGGCCCCAGGGCCAGCGACGACGGGGUGGGGCUCAGCUUGAAGCUGAGGGGGCAGGAAGUGAAGUUAAAGGCCGAGAGCCUGGAGGCUCGGGAGAUGUGGAAGGGUUUCAUCCUCACCGUGGUGGAGAUGAAAGUCCCCUCCAACCUGACGUUGCUGCCCGGCCACAUCUACAUGAUGUCCGAAGCCCUCUCCAAAGAGCAGGAGCGACGGGCCCAGCUGAGCCAGCGCUGCACCGCGAGCUCUCUCGACUACGAGUUGGUGGAGGAACAGAUGCCGGACUGCUAUUUCAAGGUCUCCAGGACAGAGGCCCAGGUCCUGCUGGAGAGGAACCCGGACUGCGGCAACAUGCUGCUGCGCCCGGGGGGCGACGGGAAGAGCAUCUCGGUGACCACGCGUCAGAUGCUGAACAGCACCCCGGUCGUGAAGCACUACAGAGUGAGCCGCGUGGGACAGCAAUACGUCAUUGACGUCGAGCAGCCGCACCACUGCUCCUCCCUGGCCGACGUGGUGGAGUACUUCGUCUCCAACACCAAGAAGACCCUGGUGCCCUUGAGCCUGGACGAGGACUACGCGGAGAAGUUAGAGUAUGUGGAGACUGAUAAGGAGAACGGAGAGAGCGUCUGGGAAGCGUCCAUGCCCCCCUGCCCAAAGCCCCCCAGAGUGGAUGCAGUGCUUCCGCCCAGCUUCAGAAAAAACCAUCAGGCGAAGCCCCCUGCCCCUACCCUGGUGUUUGAGAAAAGGGAGGAGGAUGAAGAACAGGCCUACAUGAAUGACGAAGAUGUGGCAGCCAUCACGGGAACAAAGCCAAAGUCAGCCGGCCAGGGCGCCGUGAAGGUGAUCUGGGGAGGGGGCGGCCAGACCAAGGCGCUGCCUAUACCAACCGGCGAGCCAGGCAAGCCAGCCACUAAAGGCCAGUUUACCAGGAGCCCCAGCAGCACCCUCAACCUAUGGAAACAUGGUAGCAGCUCCUCUCGCCAGGCCAUGUCGUGGGGCGGAGACAUCUCCGAGGAGCUGGCGCGGAAGCUACAGGAGCGAAGAGCCAACCUUGAGAACUGA